UAGAUCAUAAUGAAUGCAGGUGUAAUCAAGACGUACUGUGAACGAAUGCAAACCCCACAGCAAGCCUACUUUAUCUGCUUGUUAUUAACCGUAUUUGCGACAGUGCCUGAAGGCAGCACGAUUCGGUGGCUGCUGAGCUGAUCUUUGUGAGAGCGGAUCCGAGCGGUCAGAGUUAGUAAGGAGCAGCAAACGCACAGAGACGCGAAAAGAGCGUGGAGACAGCUUUUGUGUCCCAAAGUCCAUACUUGCGACCAUUACAGAGUGACAACGACGGACUUAAAAUGGUCAUCUUGUGAGGAACGCUGAAGCUUUUAGGUGAAGGAGUGGCAGCCAGUGCCACCCAGGCGUGCAGAGUGGGACUGCAUUCUGUCUCUCCACUGACGACUGACUUCCCCAAGUGCUGCUACUCCUGCCCCCAGAUGGACUACGUACUCUGAGAGCAGAGCGUGUUGGGACAGAAAGCAACCGAGGAGAGGAGGAUAGGCGGGGAGAUAGCUCACCGGAGCAGGAAAGGGAGGGCACUGUUUGGUAGGGAGAGGAGAGGGGCUCUACGAUGUCAUCCAACAGGACCCCGAACCCCCAUGGACUGAAACAGAUAGGCCUGGACCAGAUAUGGGACGACCUGCGUGCUGGCAUCCAGCAGGUGUACACACGGCAAAGCAUGGCCAAGUCUCGUUACAUGGAGCUCUACACACAUGUAUAUAACUAUUGCACCAGCGUCCACCAGUCGACCCAAGGCAGGGGCUCUGCGCCUUCAGCUAAGCCCUCCAAAAAGUCCAACACUCCAGGUGGGGCUCAGUUUGUAGGCCUGGAGCUCUACAAGCGACUUAAGGAGUUUCUGAAGAACUAUUUGACCAGCCUGCUCAAGGAUGGAGAGGAUCUAAUGGAUGAGUGUGUGUUGAAGUUUUACACCCAGCAAUGGGAGGAUUACCGUUUCUCCAGUAAGGUCCUCAAUGGGAUCUGCGCCUACCUCAACCGCCACUGGGUCAGACGAGAGUGCGAUGAGGGGCGCAAAGGCAUAUAUGAGAUUUACUCUCUGGCACUUGUGACCUGGAGGGAGUGUUUGUUCCGACCCCUCAACAAACAGGUGACAAAUGCUGUGCUGAAGCUGAUAGAGAGAGAGAGAAAUGGCGAGACCAUAAACACGAGACUGAUCAGCGGAGUGGUCCAAUCUUAUGUUGAACUGGGCCUGAACGAAGAGGAUGCCUUCGCCAAAGGCCCCACCCUGUCUGUCUACAAAGAGUACUUUGAAUGUCAGUUCCUCACUGACACAGAACGUUUCUACACACGGGAGAGCACAGAGUUCUUGCAGCAGAACCCCGUCACAGAGUACAUGAAGAAGGCGGAGGCCCGUCUUCUGGAGGAGCAGCGGCGUGUGCAGGUUUACCUUCAUGAAUCCACCCAGGACGAAUUGGCAAGAAAGUGUGAGCAGGUCCUCAUAGAGAAACACCUGGAGAUCUUCCACACAGAGUUUCAGAACCUCCUCGAUGCUGACAAGAAUGAAGACCUGGGACGGAUGUACAACCUGGUGUCGCGGAUCACUGAUGGUCUGGGUGAACUGAAGAAACUUCUAGAGUCUCACAUCCACAAUCAGGGCCUGGCUGCCAUUGAGAAGUGCGGAGAGGCCGCACUCAAUGACCCUAAAGUGUACGUCCAGACCACCCUGGACGUCCAUAAGAAGUACAAUGCCUUGGUCAUGUCUGCCUUUAACAAUGACGCUGGUUUUGUGGCGGCUCUUGACAAGGCAUGUGGUCGGUUUAUAAACAACAACGCCGUCACCAGGAUGGCUCAGUCAUCCAGCAAGUCUCCUGAGCUGCUGGCCAGGUACUGCGAUUCUUUGCUCAAGAAGAGCUCCAAAAACCCAGAGGAGGCUGAAUUGGAGGAUACACUCAACCAAGUCAUGGUUGUGUUCAAAUACAUUGAGGAUAAAGAUGUUUUCCAGAAGUUUUAUGCUAAGAUGCUGGCCAAGCGUCUGGUCCAUCAGAACAGUGCCAGUGACGAUGCAGAGGCCAGCAUGAUCUCCAAACUCAAGCAAGCCUGUGGGUUCGAGUACACGUCCAAACUGCAGCGGAUGUUCCAGGACAUCGGAGUUAGCAAAGACCUGAAUGAGCAGUUUAAAAAACACCUGAGCAACUCUGAGCCUUUGGACUUGGACUUCACUAUCCAGGUUCUGAGCUCUGGCUCUUGGCCUUUCCAGCAGUCCUGCACCUUCGCUCUGCCCUCUGAGCUGGAGCGAAGCUAUCAGCGCUUCACGGCAUUUUACGCCAGCAGACACAGUGGCAGGAAGCUGACUUGGCUCUAUCACCUGUCCAAAGGAGAGCUGGUCACCAACUGCUUCAAGAACAGGUACACGCUGCAGGCCUCCACCUUCCAGAUGGCCAUCCUGCUGCAGUACAACACAGAGGACAGCUACACCGUCCAGCAGCUCACAGACAGCACACAGAUCAAAACUGACAUUCUGCUUCAGGUUCUGCAGAUCUUGUUAAAAUCGAAGCUGCUGGUGCUGGAGGACGAGAACGCCAACGUGGACGAAGUUGAGUUCAAACCCGACACAGUCAUCAAACUUUUCCUCGGAUACAAGAAUUGCUCCCUCCCCCCCCCCUUUGCACUAGUGACCAGCAACGUCCCGAUGAAGACGGAGCAGAAACAGGAGCAGGAGACUACUCACAAAAACAUAGAGGAGGAUCGGAAGCUCCUCAUCCAGGCUGCCAUAGUGAGAAUUAUGAAGAUGAGGAAGGUCCUGAAGCAUCAGCAACUCCUGGCUGAAGUCCUGAACCAGCUAUCGUCCAGAUUUAAACCCAGAGUGCCCGUCAUCAAGAAAUGUAUCGACAUCCUGAUAGAGAAGGAGUACCUGGAGCGAGUGGAUGGUGAGAAGGACACAUACAGCUACCUGGCCUGAACACCGCCCUGCCUGCCGCUGACUCUCCACAGUUUUAAUUUUUUGUUAUUUUGUUCAUUUUUGAGAAAAUUUUAUGAUUAAAUAAAAAGUGUGAAUCCUUCCGAGCAACGGACUUGUUGCGACUGUGCCACUGACAACGUGAUCAUGUGGCCGAUAUGACGACAACAUGAGAGGGAGGACCGUGUGAACCGUCUGCUCUCCCUUCAGUGGAUGAACGAACAAGUCAGGGAGAUUCCAUCCACAUGUUCGCCUGUCCGGUCCCAUCUGUAGGACUCGCACACCCACUUCCCUGCUGUUAUAUUGUAAAUAACAAUCACAGACUCUAAGAGGAAAAAUAAACCCUUGUCCCUUCUUUACGUAGUGCAACAUUAGCUUACUGCCAGUCAGAGGACAGCGCAUCUAAAGGUUUCUGCAUGCUACUGCCUACCUGCACCACAGUGACCACAAAAAGAUUAACAAGUCAAAUUAAAGUCAAGUCACCUUGCAGCUGAUGAAGUCCACCAUGCAACAGAACAAGCUUGACGCUGGCCCUGUCAGUUAAAGGAAAAGCUGGUGAUUUCCUGUUGUUUGGUUAAAAAAAACAACCAGAAAAUAGAACGUCACCAGCCUUAUCCUCUAGUUUUGAACCAGAGGAGGUGGUAAGUGUAGAGCUGCCUUGAUGUUGAUCUGCUGAGGAUUCGAGGCCAGUUCGACUCAUGCAGGAGGCCUGUUUCAUUUCUGAAUGGUGGACAUUUGUAUAGCGUGGUUCAUUUUCUAAAUGUGUGUUAAAUAAAAGCAAGCAAAGAUUUCU